AUGCCGCGGUUUCCUGACCAUGGCGAAGACCGCGGUGCUGCCAAUGGCUUCUCGCGGUCCCAAGAUGCUCUGGGAAACUCAAGGCGAGAUUUGAAUGGUCGCAUAGAUGCGAACAACGACCGCGAUUCUAUCUCGGAUGUGGAUUAUGAUCGGUUGAUGGAGUACCCAGACGAUGUCGACUACUACAGUCUACUGGGACUUUCCCGGACGCCUCCUCCGACGGACGCUGAUAUUCGGUCUGCAUACCGCAGUCUAACAUUGAGCUUUCACCCGGAUAAACAACCUGCACAUCUCCGCGAAGCAGCAAAGCAGCAGUUUGAGAAGAUUCGGGAGGCCUACGAUACACUCAUCGACCCGAAGAAGCGGACAGUAUAUGACCUUCUGGGAGCCGAAGGUGUUCGGAGAGAAUGGAGUGCAGGCGGCGCUAUGGGCAAAGGUGGUGUGGCAGAGCAGCAGCAGGUGGGAGUCAAGGCUCUCAGUCCUGAGGAAUUCCGUCGAUGGUUCUUGGAUACAAUGAAGGCGCGUGAGAGGAAGGUGCUUGAUAGCCUGGUUCAGAGCAAGGGAUCGAUAUCACUGGCUAUCGACGCUACUUCCAUGAUAUCAGCGGAUGAGGAGGAGGACUAUGUCUAUAUACAGUUGCCCACGCUGCGACCGUCAUCAUAUGCUAUAGGAUAUAGCUUUCGAACGCCUCUUCCGUCAUUCAAAGAGUUGUGGGGAAAGACGGACGAAGGGGCCGAAAGCGAAACAGACGAGUCAGAGAAAGACGAUGACCCCUCGAAGCAAGCAAUACAGAGCGAGGUGACCUUCAGUGCAAGUAUUGGCGGCAAACUGCAGACCCCCAUGCGAGAAGCGAGGUUUCUGUAUCCAGACGGAACAGAGGAGGUCAAACGCGUUGCCAUGCCGCUGAUUCUGGUAGCUCAAAAUAUGUCACUUGGAGCGUCUAUUAACCAUGGAUUCCGGAACGUUGCAUCUACCAAGGGACUUUUUGGAAAGCUGCCAUUGUCCUUUCUUGAAGGAGCAGAUGCUAGCAUCACUGGUCUCGUCUUGCCUUUUCCGACAGUGGAGGCUGUUGUUGCCAAAGCCAUCUCACCAUUUCCCGGAACGAAGCCAUUGAUCUUCACUUUUCGAACUGGCUUCUUCAGGUCAAUCUUUCAGUCUUUGCCGGUGAUCGGAUUGCAAGUUACCCGUGAACUGGACGUGGGGCGGACCGUAUAUUGCUCCUGGUCAAGCGGGACUCUGGACUGGCCGACAGUCAUCCGAGAAUUGCUGGAACCGAUUGUUGAUCUCGGCGUACCGUUGGACGAUGUGCUGUCGAGGCCAGCCCAGACAAGCAAGGUUGAAAUUGGUUACAUAUCAGCUCCCAGGAAAUCAGGCGCAAUAGAGGAUGAGGAAGACGAAGACGAAGAUGAUAUCGACGCGCCAGCUACUAGAAAACGUGAAGUGGGAGCGGCUGAAUCCUGGCAACUUCAGGUGGACGCUUCGCCGCAAGGGGGAGGUCUAUCUGUCGUCUACGGGCGGAACCUCUUCUCACACAAAGGUGACGAGAAACUGCGCUCGGAGUGGAGCACAGAAGGCUAUCAUCCCAUAUCACAAAACCAUGAUGCCCGACCUGUACGGUUGGAGAUACAAACCACUGUUGGAAUCGAUCUUUCUCUCGGCUGGCACAUUUCUGGAACUAGACAAGUCUCUGAUUUCACACGCAUGGGACUCGGUGUCGGAUUGCAAGGGAACAAAGGACUUGUCGUGAGUGUGUCGUGGAACCGAUUGGGUCAAAAGAUUAAGCUUCCUAUAGCUAUCUGUCCUCUGCCUCUUGUCAGUGCGGAAAUCGCGGCCCUUGCAGUCAUUCUCCCCUGGGCUACAUAUUGCGGUGUUGAAUUUGGAUUCAUCCGCCCACGGGAACGGAAGAGGAGACGACUGGAACUGGCCAAGCGACAGCGGCAGUUAGAGAAACAAAUUGCCAAGAGACGGGUAGAAAGCCAGCAAGCUAUCGAUCUCAUGUCUGAACAGGUAUUGAGAAGACAGGCCCGAGAAGAGGAGAAUGGUGGUCUGGUGAUUACAAAAGCGGAAUACGGUUAUUAUCCAUCUCGAGAUAAGAAAAAGAAGGGCGAUGCUGGAGAGAGCAAGGUUAUAGAUGUCACCAUUCCUGUGGCAGCAUUAGUUGACCAUGGUCAACUCAUAAUACCGCGUGAAGUCAUCAAGUUUCAAAUGAUUGGUUUCUAUGACCCAGCUCCGCUCAGGCCUAAAAAGCUGAAGAUCUGGUACAGAUUCGGGGGCAAAGAACAUAUAGUGGAGGCUGGCGACUCGGAAGGAAUCACCUGCCCUAUGCGUUCCCAUCUAAUCUCGGGCUGA